GUUUACCAAGGGAGACUAAGUUCCAGCCUCGCGCUCCCUCAUUUCUUGCAAUUUUAACCGGCGUGUGGAGGACAAUAUGGCCCAAAGCAUCAUGUGAUGUGGAGCACAACAUAUGUGUGCAUGUGUGUGGCAGCAGCAGCAGCAGUGUUGGCGAGGGCAUAACGGAACUUGCCUGCCUGUUGUGCAGUGGUUUGGUUCCAGUUGCCACUAGGAAAAAUGGAGGACACCCUCGGCCCCUUCACCUUCAGCUCGAAGUUUGAGUGUGGCAACUUGGCUCGAGUGGAGAGAGUUGAACCCUCCAGGUUCCAGUCAUGCAUCGUCAAGCAUCAGUGGUGGCAGAAAAGCUCACAAAGUGUCUCCUCCUUGUCAGCCUUCCAUUGAGGCUCUGCCUGUCAACUAUGAGUUCAAUCUCUGGACUCGCCCCGACUGCUGGGGCACAGAGUUUGAAAACAAUAAUAGAACGUGGUUCUUCUUUGGCAUCAAAGGGGGAGCUGUUGGAAAUAGAGUGCGCCUGAAUGUUAUGAAUCUGAACAAGCAGUCAAAGCUCUUCUCACAGGGGAUGCAACCUGUGGUUCAAUGUGUCUCAGGCUUGCGUUCCCCACGCUGGGAACGCAUUAAGGAUAAAUGCACGUAUCGGAGUGAGGAGAACAGUACAGUGGUAUCUUGGGUUCAUACUGUGAGUGAAGUGGGAGUAUUCACCCACUAUGCCUUCACUUACCCAUUCACUUACUCAGAGCUACAAAACAUGCUAGAAAGUCUUGAUCAUAAAUUCUCAGUGAGUUCUCCAAGUCUUUACUAUCAUCGAGAAAUGCUCAUAAAAUCGCUUGAUGGCUGGCGUGUUGACCUUGUGACUGUCAGCUCGCACAAUGGUAAGGUAGAAGAGCGUGAGGCAAGGCUUCCAGGUCUCUUCCCCAAUGUUAAUGAGCCUCGUCCCCACCGCUUUCCUAGCAAGAAAGUCGUCUUUGUUUCUGCCAGAGUACACCCUGGUGAGACAUCCUCCAGUUUUGUGUUAAAUGGCUUUCUGAAUUUUAUUGUCUCAAACGACCCUAGGGCUGUGAAGCUCAGGGACAUGUUCGUCUUCAAGCUCAUCCCAAUUCUCAAUCCAGAUGGUGUAGUGCGUGGCCAUUAUCGCACUGACCAGCGUGGGGUAAAUCUGAAUCGUGUGUAUGUGGAUCCAUCACCACACUUACAUCCAACCAUUUAUGCUACCAGGCAAGUCAUCUUGUACCACCAUCAUGGCCACAUCCUUCCAAACUCAUUCCAGGAUUCCAAAGCUACUCCAGCAAACUCAGAUGAUUUAAGUGAAACAGCUCCCACCACAAGCACCACAUCUUCUAAUGAUGACUCAGAAUUGGCUGUUACCAAUUCUUCAAAGGGGCCACCAGUUGUUAUGGAUGAAGACACCUGCCACAGCUUCAGUGAUGUUCAGUGUGGGAAGGCUGGAGGCUCGGGGAGUGGACGUAUGAGAGGAACUGCUUUAAUGGAGAUGGAUGAGCCAUCAGCAUCAGGCUGGGACAUUUCCAGCAAUGUCUCAGUUGAUGGCACACAAGCUUCUAGUUCGUUCCAAAGAGCCUCACACAUGGCUGAUGUUCAUGAUGACUGCUCAAAUGUUUCUUGCAUCAGCGAAGCCGAAACAGGUGUCACUAGCAUGUUUGGAUCACUAGCAGCUGUUAGCGAUUUUACAAACAUUAUAUCAGGAAAUAAGGGAUGUAAUCAGGAUAGUGCCAUUCGUUCACCCUGUAUUUCACAAACUAAGAGUGAGGGGGAGGGAGUGAGCACCUCAAGUUGUGAAAAAUCCCGGGACCUAUUUUUAAAGGACCUCUACAAAGAAGAGAAAGACAAAGCUUUUGAUGACUGCCACUGUGAUGAAAAAAUAUUGAAAAAUACAGCACCAAAUAGUGAUAAAGAUCUUAGUAGUUUUAGUUGCAUUAAUCCCAGUAGACUAAUCUCAAAGGACGAUAAUCUCCUGCCUAGUUGUUCCAAUGCAUUAUCAUUCACCUCAGCAUCUUCAGAGGUGUCUAGUCAGCAGCAGUUCAAGGCAGAAGCUUUAGGUAGUGGCGUUAGUUCUAGUACCUCCUUACAAAGCACAAAGGCAAACAGAGGGUCACACAAAGAAAGCAAAGAUGGGAAUUUGCUGCAUCCUAUCCUACCACAAAAAAGUAGUGUCCUGCCUCUCACUCCUGGAGUACAAAAUAUUGCUGGAACAAAGGAGGGAGGGGGGAUAGCUAGCAGUAGUGAAAGCGAGGCAGAGUGUGGACGGCCUGGGAGGGAGAUGGAUACAAAUCUAGGAACAUUAGAUACCUCUCUUCGCAUUCCUUCUGAGGGCUUCUCACAGGUACUGAGUCCUCCCACACCCAUUCCUGAGGAGACCCAGGUGUCCUCGGGGCUCUUCCUUUACAUAGAUCUCCACGGGCAUGCAUCUAAAAGGGGCAUUUUCAUCUAUGGCAACUGGUAUGAGGACCCUGCGGUCAUGGUAGAAAACAUGCUGUUUCCUAAGUUGCUUGGGGCCAAUUGCCCCAACUUUGAUUUUGCUGCUUGUAACUUCUCAGAGAGGAACAUGUAUCUCAAGGACCGGCGGGAUGGUAUGAGCAAGGAAGGAUCAGGUCGUGUAGCCAUAAUGCGAGCAACUGGGCUUCUGAGGUCAUACACAUUGGAAUGUAACUACAAUACAGGUCGUACAUAUAAUCCUGUUCCACCAUCUCCCCUAGACCAGAGGAAGUCACCUCAGACUCCACUCUCCUCGCCACCAAAGUACACUCCUGCGAUAUUUGAAGAUUGUGGUCGUCAGUUAGGGGUGAGUUUGCUGGACUUAGUAUGUAGUGGAAGUGGAUGGUCAAGGCUUCCUCAGUCCCAGUAUGGGAGCAUAGCAGGUGUCCGCGCAUGGCUCCACCAUUUUCUUGCUUCUUCAUCUCUCUCGCCUCGCACAAACACCACUGGAACCCAUACUGCCCGCACACCUGCAUCACGUUCAACAAACAAGUUGACAGUGGAGAGGCUAAGUGGAGGAAGGAGUGGAGGCAGUGGUGCUCGUAUUGGGGCUGGUAGACAAGGCCCUCCAAGCACUCCAGCUUCUCCACGACUACCACGAAGUCGUUGUCAGCGUGUGCGGCGACACUCCUGGUGCCUUACAGUAGAUGCUGAAAAUCAAGAGCCAAGAGAAAUAUCAGAAGGACCUGCCCGUCCACGACCUGCAAGUGCAAAGAAACCUGUAAGUUCAAGUGGACUCUCCCCCCGGUGCAAACCUAAAGCUUCCAAGGUCAAGUCACCAUCUCCCAAGAAGGCAGGGGUUGCACGUUCUCUCACUUUCACAGAACUUGGAGAGAGCAGUCAUCUUGGAGGAGAGUCCAAGAUACCCAGCAGCAAGAUGAGUUCCAGCAAGCAUAGUCUCACUGCAUCAGUCAGCCUCACACCCAACCUCAAUGUCAAGCUCUCCAUUUCAGACACCCCAGAAAGCCCCACUCUGGUGAAAAAGGUCGAAAAGACUCGUAGACAGAGAAGUAAAGGUCUUAACUCUGGAACAAAAAAGUUGAAGAUUAGUCCUAGUUCAAGCCCAAGUCCUGAGGAGUCAACACUGAAGGCCAAGGACCCAACGUAUUACAGUUUUCCAAGCCUAGAGCCAGCAGAGCGAAAGUGCAGCCCUCUUUCACCUUCUCAGGAAGGAUUUUAUGGUGCAAGUCAAAGUCCAUUGUCACCACGCUCACCUCUCUCUUCAGUGUGUGAACCACAGACAAGCCAUAGUUCUCCUGGUCUAAGUAUAAUCACUAACACAGGUCCUUGUGACUUGCAUGUUCAGCCUAAAUCUCCGGUGGUGGUAAGUUCCUCAAAGAAGGUGACUAAAGUGAUGUCCUCCCCUAGCAAGCGCUCCAGCAAGCACACACUCAAAUCUCUUUCAAAGAGCAUGGACCGGUUGCCUGCUGUUGCUGGUGCUGCUGGAGAAAGGUUAAAGCUUCUUCCAAAGAAAGUAAAGAAGAAGGUGACAGCUGGCAGUGUCACUGACCUGCCUGGAUCAAUCAUCUCUCCUUCUAUCAAGCCUGCAACAUCACAACCUACACUGGACUGGAUAAUAAGUGAGCCACCACAGACUCUAGCCACAGAAAUAGAGCCAGUCCCUCCUAAGAUAAAAAAGCGCAAGAAAAGUAGUAGAAAAUCUCUCUGAAAGAGUGAGUGAAUUCACUCACAAAUACAAAUAAACACACAUACAAACACAGACAUGCUCAUAUAUAUUUGUGCUCACUCACAAGUAUACAUAGAAGCACUCAUGCAUGCACACCUAUCUAUUUACACAUGCUUCAAACUGCAUAUUCAAUUUAAAGGUACUUUUUUUCCCAUUAUUCACAACUAUCAUGCCUUUUUUAUGCAAUAUAUUUUGUUGCUCCUCUGUAUAUUGAUUAUACAAUCAAACAUAUAAUUGAACAUAGAAUAUAAUGUACAGAAAAGAUAUGUUAAUAAUUGCAUUAAUAUGUUUUUAUACUAAUGUUAAUUUACAGUAUUUAGAAGAUGUGUUUAAAAGCAUUUAUACCCAGCCACUUAUUAGCACUGACAAAUAGCACAACUUACAUAAUUACAUACUCUGCUAAGCUCUCUAUUAAUGGUCAUUUGAAAAUUAACCAGCCACCAGUUAUCCAUGAUUUGAAACUUAUAGAAUACCCCUUAAGUGACAUGUGUUGCAUUACUACAUAAACUGAUUCCUCCCAAAGAAGUGAACAGGAAGCUAUGAUUUUUUUGUAGACAGCCUUUCAUAAGUGCAUUUAUUUGUCAUUGAUCACCUAGACCUAGUUUGAUAUGUUGCUGUAUGUACUGGGCAUAGAAGCAGCCUUGCCACCCAAGAUUCAUUUGUUGUUAAAGGCAUUAGAAACUUUUUAAUGAAUUUACAAAUAACCUAUAUAAAUUCUUCACAUUUACUAUACAGAUUUAGAGUAUUGGUUAUGAGAUACACAGUUACUUGAGAUAAGUGCUUGCUCUUCUUAAAGUCUAAUGAGAUGAGAACUGUCUGCCUGUUGAUGUCUAAUAUGUCUAAUUUGGUUUUGUUUUGUUCACACACACACACACCACACACACACACACACACACACACACACACACACACACACACACACACACACACACACACACACACACACACAUCCACACAUC